UCACAAUCUCCUGCAUAGGAAAACGUCCCAAUGAGCCACCGCCUUUGCUUACUCUCUCCACUGACAUUUAACAAAAACAGUGAAAGAAAGAAAGAAAGAGGAAUACUUGGCCUUGGGGAACUGAACAUUGAGACUGCAGCAGAACCUCAGCUCAAAGAGAUUCAGAAGCUCUUACUUAACCCUGUUUGGUAUUUCCAAGCUUGGGUUUUCUAGGGUUUUCUUGUUUCCAAGCUUUAUUUUUUUUCUCUUUCUUUUUGCCUCUUAAGCAUUAACCAAAGCUAGCUAACUAGCUAGCCUCCUCCUCCAGGUGGUGUGGGUCAGGUGGGGUUUGAAGCAGAGAACAUAUAUCUUGCCCUUUUACCACUUCGACUCAAGGGGAUAUAAAAAUCAUGCAGACGCCAAAAGCAAGAACAAGCUCCUUGGAAGUGCCUCAGAGAAAAUCUCCUGCAACACCUCGAACUGCUCGUCAACUGAAGACACCAGGACCUGAUUCUGACACAGUUUCCUCUCCAAAUCCUGCAAGUAAGACUCCCAAAGAUAGAAGUCCUAAGGUUACUGCACGCAAAGCAUUGAGAAGCCCAGUAUCUGAGAAGCAGCGUCCAAACAAAGUGUCUGAACUGGAAUCACAGCUUACUCAACUCCAAGAUGAUCUGAAAAAGACAAAGGACCAGCUGACUGCAUCUGAGUCAUGGAAGAGGCGAGCUAUACAAGAGGCUGAGGAGGCCAAGAAGCAGCUAUCAGCAAUGUCAGCCAAGCUUGAAGAAUCUGAACAGCAGUUGAUGGAAAUUUCUGCCUCUGAGGAUGACAGGGUGGAAGAACUCCGUAAAAUUUCACAAGAUCGAGAUAGAGCAUGGCAGUCUGAACUUGAGGCUGUCCAGAAUCAGCACUCAAUGGAUUCUGCUGCCUUGGCUUCUGCCAUGAAUGAAAUUCAAAAGCUCAAAGUUCAGCUGGAAAAGGCAUAUGAAUCGGAAGCCAUUCAGACUAAGCAUGCUGAAUCUGCACAUGCUGAGAUUCAGAACUUGAGAAUUGAGCUGACUGAAACUCUCUCGUUGGUUGACAAACUUAAGUCUGAGCUCACUGAUUGCAGAGAAUCUGAAGCCCAGGCUCUUGAAGUAGUUAGCAAAACCCAAAUGCAACCGGAAACAGCAAAUGAAACCAUAGAAAAGCUGCGUUCUGAUGCAACAAAAGCAACAGAAGCUUACAACACAUUAUCAUUGGAGUUGGAGCAGUCAAAAGCUAGAGUUAAGUCGCUGGAGGGACUUGUGAGCAAGCUCCAGGCAGAACUGGUUGGUAGUAGCAGCAAAAUAUCCAAGGAUCCCAAAGAUGAUGGACUACCACGGCAGAAUGGAGAAAAUGAGGAAAUACAGCAUCUCAAAACAGAGCUUAAUUUUGCAAAACUUGAAGUGGGUCAAUUGAGAUCGGCACUGGAUGCAGCUGAAGUCAGGUACCAAGAAGAAUAUAUUCGGAGCACAUUGCAAAUUAGAAGUGCUUAUGAACAAGUGGAAAACAUAAGAACGCAGUCAUGCCAGAGAGAGGCAGAACUGGGGGCAGAAUUAAAGAGAACCAAAACUGAUGUUGAAGAACUGAGAGCAAACUUAAUGGAUAAGGAGACUGAACUUCAGAGUAUUUCAGAGGAAAAUGAGGGCCUGAAUUUGAAGAUUGAGAAAAACCAGUCCGAUGAAAGAGAAUCUGAACUUGCAACGGAGUUGAAGAAGAUAGAGGCAGAGUCGACAGAACUGAAAGCAAAUUUGACAGCGAAGGAAACAGAGUUGCAUAGUGUAACCGAGCAAAAUGAAAUGCUCAAAAUGGAAAUUAAGAAGAGUGAAAUGGAGGGUUCUAAAGUUCGUGAUGAAUCUGUUGUAUUGUUAGCAGCAGCAAGGGCUGCAGAGCGCGAGGCUCUGAUGAAACUCAGCUACGUAACUGAGGAAGCCGAUAAGAGUAGCCGAAGAGCAGCACGCGUCACUGAACAGCUCGAUGCAGCACAAGCAACAAAUACAGAAAUGGAGGCUGAGUUGAGGAGACUAAAGGUGCAGUCAGAUCAGUGGAGAAAGGCAGCAGAGGCAGCUGCGGCCAUGCUCUCUACAGGGAACAAUGGGAAACAUGCGGACAGAACCAUAUCUCUUGACAGCAACUAUAACCCCAUAAUGGGUUCACCCAAUUCGGAAGACAUGGAUGAUGAUUCACCCAAGAAAAAAAAUGGCAACAUGUUGAAAAAGAUUGGUGGGUUAUGGAAGAAAGGACAAAAGUAAGAUCAGAUGCGGUGCAGGUUGCACAUAUUUCUGCCCUAAAUGUUUGACGGUUUCGAUAUUUUCUCAGGUUUUACGGAAAAUUUUCCCUUAAUUUUGCUCUUAACAUGUCUGGUUAGGGGUGAUUCCUCUUGAAGUUUCAAUGUUAUGGAAACUGUUAAAAGACUAAAACCCCAUUAAGAAGACUAUCUGUAUAUGCGAAGACUUGCGCGUUUUGUCGAGUUCUGCUUCACCUUAAUAUAUCUUUCUUGUGGAUUUGGAUCAA